CAUCGCAAAUCCCAAUCAAUGUAAGAACUCGUCAAUCACUUCAUCAGCAUUCGCAAUCGUCUUCAUCUUCUCUCUGCCUGCCUCACUUCGCAGUGGAAAAUUGGAAGAUAAUCAAUCGCAAUGGCUGACAUUAUCCGCGACUCGUCCCUAGGGCAACUCAUCCGCCUCCUAACACGAAACAAAUACCUCCUCUACGCCGAAGAACGACCCGAUUUCGUAUUCCCGGCACCAAUUCCUGAACACGCAAAGGAAAAGGUCGAGGGUAGCGAUGCAGCCUCGACAAGCGAAUCCGUCUCAACCAGCGAAUCAUCAUCUUCCGAUGCCGAUUUAGAAAAGCUGGAGACCACGACAACACGUGAUCUGCGCCCCUAUUUCUCGCGUACAUCGCAAGCUGAAGCGGUGCGGCCGGAGAAGACAGUGAGUAAGGCGAUCCAGCCGACGCUGACUUCUGAUGGAACGAUAUUGGUGGAUUGGUACGCAACGGAUGAUGCCGAUAAUCCCAUGAAUUGGAGUACCGGGAAACGGACAUUCGUCGCUGUUCAGAUCCUACUAUAUACAUUCGCAGUAUAUAUUGGCUCAUCAAUCUACGCCCCUAGUAUCGGCGGGGUAAUGGAGAAUUUUGGAGUUGGAGAAACAGCUGCUUCUCUUGGACUAGCACUCUAUGUGUUUGGUUACGGAAUCGGCCCUAUGGUUUUCUCUCCGCUGAGUGAGAUGCCACUGGUUGGGAGGAAUCCACUGUAUAUCGCCACAUUCGCCAUUUUUGUCAUCUUGACUUUACCGGGAGCGCUUACUCCCACCUUUGGUGGCCUCAUUACCGUCCGAUUCUUGCUUGGAGUCUUCGGCUCUCCCAGUCUGGCAACGGGACCGGCGACAUUGCAGGAUAUGUUUCCUCUGCUUAAAGUCCCGUACUUGCUCUCCCUAUGGGCGGCGGCAGCAACUCUCGGUCCGGCUUUGGGGCCAGUGGUCGGAGGCUUCUCCGUCCAAGCCAUGAACUGGCGCUGGGCCCAAUGGGAGAUGCUUUGGCUCUCCGCCCCCAUUUUCCUCCUCAUGUUCAUCUCUCUGCCUGAGACUUCAGCAGCAAACAUCCUCCUCCGCCGCGCCCACCGCCUCCGCAAACUCCAAAGCAAUACAAAUUUGAAAUCUCAAUCCGAGAUCGACCAAGCCAAUAUGUCUCUCUCCGAAGUCACAUACAAUGCGUUGCUCAUCCCUUGGCAAAUCAACGCCCUCGAUCCCGCUGUCGCGUUCUCGACCUUCUACACAGCGUUGCUGUACAUGAUCUACUAUUCUUUUUUUGAAUCGUUUCCGCUCGUGUUCGUCUCCAUGUACGACUUUAACCUCGGCGAGAGUUCGUUACCAUUCCUCUCGAUCCUCGUCGCGCUUGGUAUCUUCCUCCCGCUCUACCUCCUCCACUUCUACCUCACGGUCGAGAAGCCGUUCACGACCAGGGGAUUCGGAGCUCCCGAGCGGCGCCUCAUUCCCGCUCUGUACGGCACGUAUCUCAUCCCGGCCGGCCUCUUCAUCUUCGCGUUCACAUCGCGGGAAUCGAUCCAUUGGAUCGUGCCCACCAUCGGCGCGGGCCUCAGCGUGGGAGGAACGUACGUCGUCUUCCAGAGCAUAUUCUUGUACCUCCCGUUCACGUACCCGCAAUACUCCGCAUCCCUCUUCGCGGCCAACGAUUUCGCGCGCAGUACCCUCGCCGCGGCAGCUAUCUUGUUCUCGAGGCCCAUGUUCGUGAAGCUUGGGGUUGACGGGGGAGUUGGGCUCCUCGCAGGGUUGACGGUUAUUUGCAUUGCUGGGAUAUACGUCCUGUUCUGGUAUGGCGAUAAGUUGAGAGCGAGGAGUCGGUUUGCGGCCAAGUAGAGGGUUGGUGAUGAAAGGAGUGCGAUCAGGAUAUUAUAUAUAUCUGUCCUUUCAGCCAUUAGCCCUGCAUCUUAUUUUACACACACUUAUCCGACCACAUUUUUGUUGUAUUUAGCGAGCGAGGAGUUUCGGCGGGAAGAAAUGAUAUGGUGUAUAACAGACUUGGGACCGGAUUCGGGAGUUUGGGGUUGGAUGGAUACAUGGAUACAGGGGCUGAUAAAACAAAAGCAUAAUAGAAAUGAUUAUCAAUUAUAGAAAUCGCCA